GCCCUGCGGAGCAGGAGGCAGCGAGCGGAGGAGCGAGCCCAGUGGCCGUCGCCCGAGCCGCGCUGCCCGCCCGCCCGCGCUCCAGUCCGCCGUGUCUAGCAGCGGGGCCCAGCAUGGUCAUGGCGGAUGGCCCGAGGCACUUGCAGCGCGGGCCGGUCCGGGUGGGGUUCUACGACAUCGAGGGCACGCUGGGCAAGGGCAACUUCGCCGUGGUGAAGCUGGGGCGGCACCGGAUCACCAAGACGGAGGUGGCAAUAAAAAUUAUAGAUAAAUCUCAGCUGGAUGCAGUGAACCUUGAGAAAAUCUACCGAGAAGUACAAAUAAUGAAAAUGUUAGACCACCCUCACAUAAUCAAACUUUAUCAGGUAAUGGAAACCAAAAAUAUGUUGUACCUUGUGACAGAAUAUGCGAAAAAUGGAGAAAUUUUUGACUACCUUGCUAAUCAUGGCCGGUUAAAUGAGUCUGAGGCCAGGCGCAAAUUCUGGCAAAUCCUGUCUGCUGUUGAUUACUGUCACGGUCGGAAGAUUGUGCACCGUGAUCUCAAGGCUGAAAAUCUCCUGCUGGAUAACAACAUGAAUAUCAAAAUAGCAGAUUUCGGUUUUGGAAAUUUCUUUAAAAGUGGUGAACUGCUGGCAACAUGGUGUGGCAGCCCCCCUUAUGCAGCCCCAGAAGUCUUUGAAGGGCAGCAGUAUGAAGGACCACAGCUGGAUAUUUGGAGCAUGGGAGUUGUUCUUUAUGUUCUUGUCUGUGGAGCUCUGCCUUUUGAUGGACCAACUCUUCCAAUUUUGAGGCAGAGGGUUUUAGAAGGAAGAUUCCGGAUUCCAUAUUUCAUGUCAGAAGAUUGUGAGCACCUUAUUCGAAGGAUGUUGGUCCUAGACCCGUCCAAACGGCUAACCAUAGCUCAAAUCAAGGAGCAUAAAUGGAUGCUCGUAGAAGUUCCUGUACAGAGACCUGUUCUCUAUCCACAAGGGCAAGAAAAUGAGCCAUCCAUUGGGGAGUUUAAUGAGCAGGUUCUGCGAUUGAUGCACAGCCUUGGAAUAGAUCAACAGAAAACCAUUGAGUCUUUGCAGAACAAGAGUUAUAACCACUUUGCUGCCAUUUAUUUCUUGUUGGUGGAACGCCUGAAGUCACAUAGGAGCAGUUUUCCUGUGGAGCAGAGACUUGAUGCCCGCCAGCGUCGGCCUAGCACCAUUGCUGAACAAACAGUUGCCAAGGCACAAACUGUGGGGCUCCCCCUGACCGUACAUUCGCCGAACGUGCGACUGAUGCGAUCUACCCACCUCCCACAGGCAUCCAAUGUGGAGGCCUUCUCAUUUCCAGCACCUGGCUGUCAGGCGGAAGCAGCCUUUAUGGAAGAAGAGUGUGUCGACACUCCAAAGGUAAAUGGCUGUCUGCUGGACCCUGUGCCUCCUGUCCUGGUGAGGAAGGGGUGCCAGUCAUUGCCCAGCAACAUGAUGGAGACCUCCAUUGAUGAAGGGUUGGAGGCAGAAGGAGAGACUGAGGAGGACCCCAGUCAGGCCUUUGCCGCGUUCCAGUCCACCCGCAGUGGGCAGAGACGGCACACUCUGUCAGAAGUGACCAAUCAGCUGGUCGUGAUGCCUGGUUCAGGGAAAAUUUUCUCCAUGAGUGACAACCCCUCCCUUGACAGUGUGGACUCUGAGUAUGAUAUGGGGUCUGUUCAGAGGGACCUGAACUUUCUGGAGGACAACCCUUCCCUUAAGGACAUUAUGUUAGCCAAUCAGCCGUCACCCCGCAUGACGUCUCCCUUCAUAAGCCUGAGACCUGCCAACCCAGCCAUGCAGGCUCUGAGCUCCCAGAAACGAGAGGCCCACAACAGGUCGCCAGUGAGCUUCAGAGAGGGCCGCAGGGCAUCGGAUACCUCCCUCACCCAAGGAAUUGUAGCAUUUAGACAACAUCUUCAAAAUCUGGCUAGAACCAAAGGAAUCCUAGAGCUAAACAAAGUGCAGUUGCUGUAUGAACAAAUAGGAUCAGAGGCAGACCCUAACUUGGCCUCAGCUGCUCCUCAGCUCCAGGACCUUGCUAGCAGUUCCCCUCAGGAGGAAGUUUCUCAGCAGCAGAAAAGUGUGUCUGCUCUCGCCAGCAGUGUGCGUCCUCAGCUCUCCCAACGGCAAGGCCUGGAAGCCCAGUACCUGCAGCACAGACUCCAGAAGCCCAGCCUCCUGUCAAAAGCCCAGAACACCUGUCAGCUUUAUUGUAAAGAACCACCACGGAGCCUUGAACAGCAGCUGCAGGAACACAGACUCCAGCAGAAGCGACUCUUCCUCCAGAAACAGUCUCAGCUGCAGGCAUAUUUUAAUCAGAUGCAGAUAGCAGAGAACUCAUACCCACAACCGAGUCAGCAGCUGCCCCUUCCCCACCAGGAGGCGCCACCGCCAUCACAGCAGCCAUCGCCAUUCAGCCUGACCCAGCCCCUGAGCCCCGUCCUGGAGCCUGCUUCUGAGCAAAUGCAGUACAGCCCUUUCCUCAGCCAGUACCAGGAGAUGCGGCUGCAGCCCCUGCCCUCCUCGCCUGGUCCCCGGGCUCCUCCUCCACUGCCCGUGCACUUGCAGCAGCAGCCACCACCGCCGCCGCCACCACCUCCGCCACCACAACAGUCGGGAGCUGCCCCAGCACCUUUACAGUUCUCCUAUCAGACUUGUGAGCUGCCAGGUGCUGCCUCCCCUGAGCCAGACUAUGCCGCUGCCUGUCAGUACCCCAUGGAUGGAGCCCAGCAGAGCGGCAUAGCAACUCCAGACUGUCCCAGGAGCUCAGGACUGCAGGAGGCCCCCUCCAGCUACGACCCUCUAGCCCUCUCUGAGUUCCCCGGACUCUUCGAUUGUGAAAUGCUGGAGGCUGUGGACCCACAGCACAGUGGCUACGUCCUGGUAAAUUAACCUCAGCACAGGAAGGGAGGCAGGUCAAGUGAAGGAAGAGUGUGUAUUUCUAUUUGUAUUCCAGCCUUUUGAAUUUAAAGCUUAUUUUCCUGCCCUCUCACUAAUGGGGAAAAAAAUCAAGUCACCCAACUGGAAUCAGAGGGCCUGGCCUGGUGGAUGUUGCUUCCUUCUGGCUCUGUCCCACCACAGUUUUCUGUGGCAAGUGCUGGAACAUAGUUGUAGGCUGCAGCUCACGCCCUUAGGUCAAGUGGAGCAAGCUCUCACGGAAGGCACCAAAAAAUGUUUUUAUGAGAAGAUGACAUCCAGACCCAGGUUUUAUGCAGAACUACACCAUUUCAUUAUCGAGGGAAACCUUGGUGAAAGCAGGAAAAAAUGUGUGCCAUUAUAUAUGGGCAGAAAAAAAAGGCAAUAUAUUUUUCACUGAAGCCAAGCAACACCAUGUUGCUUAAAGGCAGAUCAAGAAUACAUAAUGAAAUCUGAUGCACAGGAAGUAAAGGACAGAGUACUUUGUCGUUGAAUCUUAAGUUCUAAGCUGCUGAUGCAGGUUGUCCCUGAGACCACUGCAAAGCAGUGGAGUGUGAGCUUUGUUUCAGGGGCCACUAAAUAACAGCUGGUACUGACCCCUGAGACUGUCAGUCGUCUCCCGCUGGGAGCAGGUGACACACUUCUUCAGCAGGUGUCCUGGUUACAGAGCGUCAGAGUGGACUUGGCAAAGAUGUCACCUGUAGAACCAGAGACCCACUGCAGUGGAGACUGGGGGCAAGGAUUCGAGAAACCCUCAGGAGCAGCAGCCCCGGGCCCAGGAAGACCGGCUCUUCCUGCACAGUCCUUGUGGAGACUUCUGGUUCGGGGCCAUUGGUCUUUGAGGACCUGGCGUCUCUUUUAAAAUGUAAUAACUACUUUGACUUUACACUCUAUGUUGCUAGUAGUUUAUUGAGCUUUGUAUAUUUGGACAGUUUCAUAUAGGGCUUAGAAAUUUUAAGGACAAGACAAAUGAACUUUUAUCUCCCAUGUGAAGUGGUAGUGCUGUGCCUUUGCUCCCAGAUCAUGCUUUAAUUAUUUCUUUUCUGUAGAAACCAACAGUUUUCCAUUUAUGUCAAUGCUAAAUCCAAAGUCACUUCAGAGUUUGUUUUCCACCAUGUGGGAAUCGCAUUCUUAAUUUCCUUAGUUUUGACUUGUAAUGAAAUGUUCAAGUAUUACAGCAAUAUUCAAAAACCACAGAUGUGUUAACCAUUUAAGCAGAUCAUCUGCCAAACACGUUAUAUUACUAUAGUAAAACUUAACCCUUACAAUUCAUCCAUCAGAGUAAGUAAAAACUAGAUGCUACAGCUAGUUGACUGUAUACGUAGAGGUAAUGAGUAACCUGGCAUUUGGACAGUAACAUCCAAGGGUUACAGAUUCAGUAUUAUUUACAAAGACUAUCGUUUCUGUCCUUUAGAACGGUUUGUCCUAUCAGCAGAUGAAUGCGUUAAGCACAAAGCAUCUUCCUUAAAGCACAAAGAAGAGA